AUUCUUUCGAAAAUUAGCGAAGACGAGAUAUUAGGAAUCCGAGGAAUCUUUCAAUGUGACACAGGUAGGACAGAACAUGAUAUAGCUGUUCCAGUAGAAUGGAUCAGAAGUGGCACGUUAGUGGAGUAUGAAGUCAUCGGCACAAUUUGUCCAAUACACAAUUCAAACGAAGCAUGCAAAAAAGCAACAACAUCGAAAACGACAUGUAUUUGGUGUGAGAAAUGGAACACGUGCAUUGACAGUAAUCAUCAGGAUAAUCAUUUCUUUAAAGUGAAUGGUUGCCAUUAUAAGGUAUGUGCUUGUUUAACUGAUUGUCAGAUCGGUGGUAAAUGUUCUGAAUGAUUGUACAAAUGCACAUUUUGUUACUGUUUGUUGAAUUGUAUUUUAUCAUCCUUAUUGACAG